AUGAGCGAAGCUAUCUCAACCAAACUCAACCUCAACUUGAUUUCUGAUCGCUUCAACGUAGCGGAUUUUGGUUGUGCGAGUGGACCUAACACUUUUGUAGCAGUCCAAAACAUAAUAAAUGCAGUAGAAGACAAAUACCACAAGGAAACGGGACAAAACCCUGCUGAGAACAUCACAUUCCAAGUCGUCUUCAACGACUUUACCAACAAUGAUUUCAACACUCUCUUCCAGACACUUCCUGCGAGGAGAAAGUACUAUAGUGCUGGUGUCCCUGGCUCCUUCUUCCGCCGUGUUCUUCCUAAACAUAGUUUCCACAUAGGAGUCAUCAAUUACGCAUUCCAUUUCACCUCUCAAGUCCCCAAAGGUGUCACCGACCGAGACUCUCCUCUGUGGAACAAAGACAUGCAUUGCACUGGUUUUAACGAAAUGGUCAAGAAAGCAUAUCUUGAUCAGUACUCGGCCGACAUCAAGAAUCUACUAGACGCUAGAGCUGAGGAGCUCCUCCCUGGGGGAUUAAUGUUGGUCUUUGGAUCAGGUCUAAGAGACGGGGUUAAGAUGUCCGAAACAGCUAAAGGAAUGGUGUUGGAUUUCAUUGGAGCUUCUCUUAACGACCUUGCUCAACAGGGUGUCAUCGAGCAAGACAAGGUUGACUCAUUCAGCACACCACUCUACAUUGCGGAAGAAGGAGAGUUAAGGCAAAUCAUAAAGGAGAAUGGGAAGUUCACAAUCGAGGCAUUUGAGGAUAUCAUUCACCCAUAUGGUGAGUUUCCACUUGACCCCAAAGUCUUGGCUGUCUCCACCAAAGCCUCUUUUGGAGCUUUCCUAUCUGCACAUUUUGGAGUUGAUAUGAUGAGGAAAGUCUUUGAACUCGUCGAGGUCAAGGUACGACAAGAGUUUUCUCGCAUUCAGAAUGCUAAACCAGGAAUGCAGUAUUUUAUCGUGCUUCGCAAGAACUGA